UACUGCAGCACUAAACAUGGCGUCCCAAUUUAGCGGUGUUUUGCAGUUGACAGAUCUAGAUGAUUUUAUCACUCCCUCCCAGGAAUGUGUGAAACCAGUCAAGGUGGAGAAGAAGCAAGGCAGAUCUGUGGCUAAAAUUCAAAUAGAAGAUGAUGGGAGCUAUUUCCAGGUUAACCAGGAUGGUGGAAAGCAGAAGCUGGAGAAAGCUAAGAUCACUCUGAAUGACUGCCUGGCCUGCAGUGGCUGCAUCACCUCAGCUGAGAGUGUCCUUAUCACACAGCAGAGUCAUGAAGAGAUCUACAGGGUGCUACGCAACAACAAGCAGGUGGGUGUACCAGAGCAGAAGGUGGUGGUGGUGUCUGUGUCCCCACAGUCCAGAGCCUCCCUGGCAGCACGCUACGGCCUGAGCAGCAGUGAGGCGGGCAGGAGGCUCACCGCCUUCUUCAAGGGUCUGGGGGUUCACCACGUGUUUGACACCAGCUUCAGCCGGACCUUCAGCCUGUUGGAGAGUCAGAGGGAGUUUGUGGAGCGGUUCCAUCGGAAGGGACAGGACAAGCAGGCCCUGCCCAUGCUGGCCUCUGCCUGCCCAGGUUGGAUCUGCUAUGCAGAGAAAACCCAUGGAGAGUUCAUCCUGCCCUACGUCAGCUCCACCCGCUCCCCACAGCAGAUGAUGGGCUCUCUGGUGAAGGGCUUCUUCGCUGGCCAGCAGGGCCUGAGCCCUCAGCAGAUCUACCAUGUGACUGUGAUGCCCUGCUAUGAUAAGAAACUGGAGGCCUCCAGGCCUGACUUCUACCUGGAGGAGGCUGAGACCAGAGAGGUGGACUGUGUCAUCACUUCAGGAGAAGUUCUGAAGAUGCUAGAGGAAGAGAAAGUGUUGCUCAGCGACGUGGAGCCAGCCCCAUUGGAUACAAUGUUCAGCAGUGUGUGUGGUGAUGAGUUGCUGGGUCAUGCAGGGAGCGGUUCAGGAGGAUACCUCCAUCACGUGUUCACACACGCUGCCAGACAGCUGUUUGGAGAGGAGGUGAAGGAGCUCACUUACAAAACACUAAAGAACAAGGACUUCCAGGAGGUGACCCUGGAGAGGGACGGUGUGGUCGUGCUGCGUUUCGCCGCAACCUACGGUUUCCGCAACAUCCAGAACCUGGUGCAGAAACUCAAGAGGGGCAAGUCACCCUACCACUUUGUAGAGGUCAUGGCCUGUCCGUCAGGUUGUCUGAAUGGGGGAGGCCAGGUGAAGCCCUUACCAGAGCAGAACAACAAGGAGUUACUACAGCAGGUGGAGGAUCUGUACAGGGAGGAGCGUCCUCUAGUGCCCGAGGAGGAUCAGCGCGUGGCAGAGCUGUACCAGUCCUGGCUACAGAGUGUAGGAGAGGAGAGAGCCAGGGAGCUGCUGCACACACAGUACCAUGCAGUGGAGAAGGCCACCAACGGACUCCUUGUGAAAUGGUGAAGAAGAGGGUGAAAGGAUGUUGAGGGGUUUCUGGCUUCUGUAAGUGAAUGUAAGACUGUCAGGGUACAUCUCAAUAGUGGCCUCCUCUGUUUCAUCUCCAUUGAGCUUAACACACGUUAGGUGAAAGCAGCAUGGCGGAUUCUUGUCAGGUAUUUUCUGUCACUUCUAGUUCUUUAAUAUCAGUAGAAAUCAGUGGAGCUUGGUGGGAGGAGCUAUAGGAGGGCUCAUUGUAAUGGCUGGAAUGG